AUGACAAUUUCGUUUGCUGGUGUUCUGGCUGACAAAUACGGUCCGAAGCUUAUACUUAUAGUUGUUACAUUGGACUACAUUGUUGUUACUCUCCUCACUCCUCUACUUUCUCGGUGGUCUUAUUAUGCAUAUUUCGUCUCCAGAGUGGUAAUGGGACUAGGCGAGGGUUUCUAUUUCCCGUGUCUUUCGACCAUAGUUGGUAAAUGGUUUGCGCCUGCAGAGAAAUCGACAGUAGCGGCUUUGUACACAUCUGGAAAUCAGAUAGCAGCCUCUCUCUCAUCAUUGAUAUCAGCAUAUCUGUGUACUCUGAGCCCUGGUUGGCCUUUGAUAUUCUACUUAUUUGGUGCGCUGGGCUGUGCCUGGCUAAUUGUGUUUUACUUGUACGUAACGAAUUCGCCGACAACUCACAAAUGCAUCUCAGAAGAAGAGAAAGCGUAUCUUGCUGAGCAGAUUCAUCACAGUCGCGCCGAGACAAUUGGACCGGUUCCAUGGAGAGCAAUGCUCACUUCUAUACCGCUGAUUGCUGCUGUGCUUUGUCAGUAUACUUACAAUCUUCAGGCCUCCUUAUUACAAGCGUUUUUGCCCAGCUUCAUUAAAGAGGAGCUGAUGCUUCCACUGAAUCGUAACGGAUACUAUUCGAUGAUCCCUUUCAUCUCUCAGUUGAUAUCGAAAAAUAUUCUUGGAAUUGCAGCCGACUACCUCAAACGAAAUAAUAUUCUCGGCCAUACCAAAUGUGCAAAAAUCUUCCAAAGUAUCGGUUCGUUCGGCUCAGCUACAAUGCUCAUCGCAUUGGCUACUCUGCCGGAUUGUGAACAUCCUUAUAUUGCGCUACCGUUGCUAGCCUUGUAUGGUAGGCGCAUUCUUCUCUGCGGGUAUUUGUGGUUUCUUUACAUGCAUUCUUUGCAUAGCACCACCUUUCACGGGGACAACCACUUCGAUCUCAAUGGUCUUUGGUAUGCUGGGAAAUAUCAGUGGACCGUUGAUGUUAGGCGUUGUAUCUAA